AGCAAUGCCACCCCGAAGUAAACUACUCGAAUCGUUUUCCUCGACGUCUCCUCUGCUCUCGCACCUCAGCUCGUACUCUGCUCGUACAGAAACGAACGGGGCGACCUCCUCUGCUGUCGCAACCCUAGCCGCCGCCCCGUCGCCGGUCGGCUGCCGCGCCGCCGUCCGCCGCCGCUCCUCGGAUCUACAGCCCGCCCCGCAAGUCUCGGUCCAUCGACGCUCGCAGCAACCGCCCAAAGUCCCCGUGGUGUUGUCUCCCCAUCUGCCGCCACUCCCUCCAUUGGCCGCCGCCAGCAGCCGCACGAAGUAGAGGUCCCGACGGGCCUGGCCGCAAGAUCCACGGUACAGAAGCCAUUCCCCCAGGUCAAGAAAUGUCGUCAACUGGGUCUGCCGAAUGGACCGAUGAGAAUACUCGGAUUAUCGUGGAGUUGUUUGUGAAACAAGUGAAGGCUGGAAACAUGCCAAACACUCAUUUGACACCCAGUGCAUAUGAUGAGGUGGGAAAGGAGUUCUUGAUGAGAACUGGGCUUGAGUACACACCAAAGCAAGUGAGGAACAAAUGGACCAAGUUAAAACGUGAGUACAACACAUUCAAGAAGCUCAAGUUGCGCGAGACUGGAGGGGGUUGGGACUUUGAGAAAAACACUGUUAAACAAGAUAAUGAGUGGUGGAAAAAGGCGAAAGUUGACCUUCCAGGUUGUGGCAAGUUCAAGAAGCAUGGACUCCGUAACGAAGAAGGCUUGCGCGUCUUGUUUGAGGAUAUCAGUGUUGAUGGCACUGACCAUUGGAACCUCGCAUCUGGUCUGCCUCCCCCCUCUAGUUCGGCAUUGAAAACAGCCUUGAAUGUUGAUGAAAUCACCGAUCUUGAUUUGGAGGAUGAUAGUGAAGAGCAACCUUCUCCGACAGUAACUAGUUCAUCUAAUGUGAGGCUUGGGGUCACGAUUCCAGAGAAGAACAAGAAAUCGAAGACUUCACAAGUGAUGCAAGAGGAGAUUAGAAAGAUUAGUUCUAUUGCCCAAGCUUCACACACAUCGUUUCAGUCUUUUCUAUAGAAAGAUGAGACCAUUUCUGUUGCCUCUACCAUGGAUUUAGUUCGUGCUUGUGGUGCAACAUACGGCACUGAUGAGCAUUUCAUUGCUACUGAGCUCUUUCUGAAGAGAGAGCAAAGAGAGAUGUUCUUGCACAUGACAUCCGACUCUCGAAAGGGUUGGUUGCGUAGGAGGUUUGACCUCAAGUAUGGGAACUAGUUUGUUCUAUCUUAUCUUAGCUAUGGGAACAAUAUUUAUGCGUAUGUUGGUGAACCUAUUAUUAUCUUGUGCUAUCGGUACAAUAUUUAUGCCUAUGUUGGCGAACCUAUUAUUAUCUUGUGCUAUCGGUACAAUAUUUAUGCCUAUGUUGGCGAACCUAUUAUUAUCUUGUGCUCGGAACAAUAUUUAUGCUUAUGUUGGUGAACCUAUUAUUAUCUUGUCGGUGAACAUAUUUAUUCCUAUGUUGGUGAACAUAUUGUUUUGCUUGAUGCUAACUAUUGUUUGAUAUGGCAGAUGUCAUCGGAUAGUGAUAGUGAGGAUGACAAUAGUUAUGAAACAAUGAGGAAUUUGGUUAUGCAUCAACAACAUAAUAUGAACAUGCUUUGUUCAGGUGCAGCAGUCAUAUUUGGCAAGUAUUGUGAAAGUUGGAUGAUGAAGGCUGAACCUCGGAAAUCUAUUUUGAGUGGAUUUGGAUGGCUUCAAGAGACUAUUGCCACACCGGGAGAGACCUACACAAUGUUGAGAAUGACGGCAAGUGUGUUCUUUGAUCUUCAUGACUUGUUGGUACGUAACUAUGGUCUAAAAGAAACAACAUUUGUUAGCACUUAUGAGUCUCUUGCUAUGUUCUUGUGGACAUUGGGAGGUUGUGAAUCAAAUAGAAGAACUCAAAAUCGCUCCAAACAUUCAGCGGAUACUAUCCAUCGUAAAUUCCAUGAGGUUCUACAAUGUGUAGUGAACAUGGCAUCUCACUACCUUAAGCCACAAGACCCAAACUUCCACAUUGUGCAUGAUCUAAUUAAAAAGGAUAGGAGGGCUUAUCCUCAUCUCAAAGA